AUGUCAAUUCGACUCACCCGACUCAGACUCAACUCAGCUCAUCCUUUCAAAAGCUUCACUAGACCAUAUACUCUCGGGAUACCAUCGAUCAAAACUAACGAUAUCAUUCGAAUCCUAGCCAUCGAAUCGUCUUGUGAUGACUCUUGCGCAGCGAUCAUCGACUCAAAUCGAACCAUUCAUUCUAACAUUAUCAUCUCUCAAGCAAAAGUACACGCUGUCUACCAAGGAAUCCAUCCAUACCAUGCCAUAAACGCUCAUCAACUCAACAUCCCUAUCGCAAUUCGCGAAGCGAUUAAAGAAGCUAAAAUUCCUUUAGAAGAGAUAGACGCAAUAGCUUAUACACGUGGUCCUGGUAUAGCCGGAUGCCUUGCAGUUGGAGCCACAGCUGCCAAGACUUUAUCUGUUGCUUUCUCUAAACCUCUCAUUUCAGUUCAUCAUAUGCAAGCACAUACUCUUACACCUUUCCUUACCGAAUCUGAACCAAUUCGAUUUCCAUUCUUAAGUUUAUUAGUUUCAGGUGGUCAUACUCUUUUAAUUCUUGUUAAAUCGACUUUCGAAUUUAAAAUCUUGGCACAAACAGUUGAUGAAUCAAUCGGUUCAACAAUUGAUAAAGUUACACGUGAUUUACUGGGUCAUUCAGGUGGAGGACCAGCUCUCGAAGCGUUCAUCAACGAACCCAACCUUGAUCCAUCACCGAGCAAACCCGAACCACCUCUCCCAGUAGCCCAACGUACGGGACCUGAUACGUUUUCUUUCUGUGGUCUACGUACAGCUACAGUGAGAAGAAUCUCUGAUCCGAUCUCAAUUGAUGUUAAAAGAGAAAUCGGUAAAGCGUUUCUAGAAGCUGCUAUAGCUCAAUUAGAGCGUAAGGUUCGAUAUUGGAUUCAAGAAUUAAAGUCUCAAGACAUACAAAUCUCAGGACUGGUGUUAAGUGGUGGAGUAGCUAGUAAUACAAUGCUUAGAAAUCGAAUGAAAGAUAUGUUGAAAGAAGUGGAUCCUGGUUUAAACUUUAUGGUUCCACCAAAAGAGUUGUGUCGAGAUAAUGCAGCAAUGAUAGGUUGGACUGGAUUAGAUAAACUUUCGAGAGGUAAGAUUACGAAAAAACCGGCAGAGCCAGAUGACCUCCAAACAGAUGAGGAACCCAACAGCGAGGAAGGGGAUGAUGGUGAGCAUUAA